UCCAGUGCUGGCCAGAGCAGAAGCCACAGUCAUUUCCUGAAGGCAGCAGCCCAGUGCUGGUCCCACGCGCCCUGCAGCCCGUCACCCACCUGCAGCCAUGGAGGAACAUCAGGACUUCUGGAGCCUCCAAGCAAAGUUCCAGGCCUCUCAGCCCGAGCCAAGUGAAUUCCCCAAGAAACCCCCAAAGCUUGAGUUCAACAAACUGCCAAAGAAAUUUCCACAGCCUGAGUCAGGCGAGCACCCCAAGAAGCCCUCACAGCCCGAGUUCAGUGCAGGCCCUAAGAAAGCCUCGCAGCCCGAGUUCAGUGCAGGCCCUAAGAAGGCCUCGCAGCCCGAGUUCAGUGCAGGCCCUAAGAAGGCCUCGCAGCCCGAGUUCAGUGCAGGCCCUAAGAAGGCCUCGCAGCCCGAGUUCAGUGCAGGCCCUAAGAAGGCCUCGCAGCCCGAGUUCAGUGCAGGCCCUAAGAAGGCCUCGCAGCCCGAGUUCAGUGCAGGCCCUAAGAAGGCCUCGCAGCCCGAGUUCAGUGCAGGCCCUAAGAAGUUCCCACCGCUUGAGGCCUGUCCAUUUCCGAAGAAGCACGAGUUCAGUGCAGGCCCUAAGAAGGCCUCACAGCCCGAGUUCAACGCAGGCCCUAAGAAGGCCUCGCAGCCCGAGUUCAGUGCAGGCCCUAAGAAGUUCCCACCGCUCGAGGCCUGUCCAUUUCCCAAGAAGCCCGAGUUCAGCGAGGCCCCUCAGAAGCCCCUGCAGCCGGAGCCCAGCAACCCCACCAGGCUACCCUCGGAACCCAAGUUCAGUGCACUUCCCAGGAAGCCCUGGCCGCCCGAAUCCAGCGAGGCCACCCUGAAGCCCCCACAGCUUGAGGUUGGGACCUUUUCCAAGAAGCCCCCACAGCCUGAGUCCGGGGUGCACCCCUGGAAGCCCCUGCUGCAGCCUGAGUUGAGUGAGGCCCCGCAGACACCGCCUUUGAGGCCGGAGCCCAGUGAGCCGCACCCCCAUCCCUCAAAGCCCGAGUUAGGUGCAUUUCCCAAAAAGGGCCUACAGCCUCAGCUCGGCAACUGCCCCAGGAAGUCCCCAGAGCCCAAGUUCAGUGAUCUUACGAGGACCGCCUCGGAUCCCAAGUUCGGUGUGUUUCCCAAGAAGCCGCAGCAGCCUGAACGCCAGGCACUGCUCAAGAAGACCCCACAGGCCGAGCUGGGCACCCUGCCCAGGACGUCCUCAGAGCCUGAGGUCAACUUGCUGCCCAGCAAGUUCUUACAGCCCGAAGGCCACAGGCCUUCCCACAGUUUCUCACAGCACGAUGCUGGUAGCCUGCCUCGGAAGCACCCACAGGCCAGGUUCUUCGGUGACUUCCCUCAGAGGCCCCCGCUCCCCAACUCAGUCUCGGAGAGCUCGCUGCCCACCGCCACGGGGGGCCUCAGCCCCAGGUUCCCACUCAGCCCUGGGUUUGGGGCCCGCCUAGCAGGGCAGCUGCGGCCAGGGGCCCUCCUCGCUCACAGUGGAGGCGUGAGGCUGGGCCUCGGACCCGGCCACCCACCCCGGCGCAGGCCUCUGCCCCCUGUCAGCAGCCUGGGACCCCCUCCCAUCAAGCCCCCACUGCCCCCAGGCCCCCCAGACAUGCAGAGCUUUCAGAGACCCUCGAUGGAAGCAGCCACAGCCCUGUGGAGGAGUCACUCCGCCACUGUGAUCAACUUCCAGGCCCAACAGCCCAAAGCAAUCCCGCAGGAGCCGGACCAGAUCUACGAGGUCUCCGACACCUACGACAACGCGGGGCUAGAAGACUCCAGCCCCAGCCCCAGGAGCAGAGAUGAAGUGCCGGCCCCACAGCAGGUCCCCAGGAAGCCUCCACAGGACCCAGAGCCCAGGAAGGAGAAGGCCCCCCAGACACAGCAGUUGCCACCCAUGGACCAGAAGACCCUAAAGCAAAUGAGGAAAGCGGAGAAAGCGGAGAGGGAGUUCCGGAAGAAGUUCAAGUUUGAGGGGGAGAUUGUGAUUCAGACGAAGAUGAUGAUCGACCCCAACGCCAAGACCCGCCGUGGGGGCGGCAAGCACCUGGGGAUCCGGCGUGGGGAGAUCCUGGAGGUGAUCGAGUUCACCAGCAAGGAGGAGAUGCUGUGCCGAGACACCAAGGGCAAAUACGGCUACGUCCCCAGGACAGCUCUGCUCCCCCUGGAAACGGAGGUGUAUGACGACGUUGCCUUCUAGGACCCUCUGGAGAGGCAGCCACCACCCUGGGAACAGUAAGGCCUGCACGUGUGGGUGCCCAAGACCAACCCAGCCACCGUGACAGCAGGACCCCAGUUUAGCAGCAGGCGCUGCCCAGGCUCGUCUGGCCACUCGGUCACAGACCACAUAAAGCUCCUCUGAAAAGUGAGCCCUGCUUUGUGUCUUUCCUUUACCUGCCUCAUUGCCACACGGGGUGAAGCACAGGUACAGAAAGCCAACUGGCCAGACUGCCUAGAGUCCUGCAGGGUCAUGGACACAGCUACUCCCCGGACCUUGUUCCUCGGGGAUCAGGGUGAAGGGAGCUCCUUGUGACCAGAUGCCUCUACCAAACCAACAGCCAACAGCUGGGGAACAAUGGGAGCAGAGCUUGUCAGAAGCCAGGCAGUGUACGGGUGGACACGGGUAGGAGAUGGCCCAUCCACCCAGGAGCAGCAGGCUGUACACACCUGUGCAGAGUAGGCCUGGGUGAUCACGUGCCGGUAUGUUUAACUCCCAAGUCCAUCAGUGCCUGUGCACAGAGCUCAGCCCGGGCCCCUGAAGAGGCAGAACACGCUCCAAGCCCUCACCCCACUUGGUGUGUCUUAACGAAGAAAAGCCAGGCUGGAAGCGAGCAUGGUGCAGCCUUUGUGCCCCCAGACCGCAAGUACCGCAUUAUCACAAUCGGGACUUAGAGACCACUGAGGUGU